CGUGCUGCAUCCAACUCUCUAACUUUUGAUUUCAAACGGUACAAAAUAAAACACACAUUCUCUCUCUCUCUCUCGCUAAAAAAAUCCAAGAUCUGCUUUUUGUUCGCAAGGACACAGGCACAGCAUUUCUCUGAUCAAUCCAAAUCCCUAAUUUCAAACCCCAAUAAGAGAGAGAAUUCUCUUUGAUCUUCCCCCAUUGUUUUUUGCCAAAAAAAAAAAAAAAAAAAAAAGACUACUCAGAGUCAGAGAGGUAAACUUGAAGAAAAGAAAAUCAAAAUGGGAGCGUACAGAACGGACGACGAUUACGAUUACCUGUUCAAGGUGGUUCUAAUUGGGGAUUCGGGUGUGGGAAAAUCAAAUCUCUUGUCUCGAUUCACGCGCAACGAGUUCAGCCUUGAAUCCAAAUCCACCAUUGGCGUUGAGUUCGCCACUCGCAGUAUACAGGUCGACGAUAAGGUCGUCAAGGCCCAGAUUUGGGACACUGCUGGCCAAGAAAGGUACCGUGCAAUAACAAGUGCGUACUAUCGAGGAGCUGUUGGUGCAUUGCUGGUCUAUGAUGUGACUAGGCAUGUCACUUUUGAGAACGUCGAGAGAUGGUUAAAGGAGCUUCGGGAUCACACUGAUGCCAACAUUGUGAUUAUGCUCGUGGGGAACAAGGCGGACCUGCGUCACUUGCGUGCAAUUUCCACAGAAGAUGCCAAGGCGUUUGCCGAAAGGGAGAACACUUUCUUCAUGGAAACCUCUGCCCUGGAGUCCUUGAAUGUGGAAAACUCAUUCACUGAAGUUCUCACUCAGAUAUAUCGAGUUGUCAGCAGGAAAGCCCUUGAGGUUGGGGAUGACCCAGCAGCCUUGCCCAAGGGGCAAACUAUCAAUGUUGGCACCAAAGAUGAUGUCUCUGCUUUGAAAAAAGUUGGAUGUUGCUCUGUAUAGUCCGAGGAAAUGAAGAAACUAGGUAUCAUGAUUUUAGUAUCUCUAUUUCUGGAUUUGGUUCAAUGCCAUGAACUUGAUCAAACGUUAGAGGGACGGGAUCGAAUGGCUUGUGAUGUCAAGAAAGCUAAGUUUCAUGGCUUAUCAUGCGCCAGGACACUGAAAAUGUUCUUCAACUUUAGCUAAAGAUCCUUCUUUACAUCGAAGAAAUUCUUUUCUGCCUUUUGUCCGACUCUAUCAAUGUCUUUUCUUUUCUUGUUAUUUUUUCAUUUGUUUCUUGGUGGAAUGAUGUCAUUAAGAUAAUAGCCAGUCUCUGUUCAGUAAGUUUUAUUUGGUUGCUCAACUUUGGAAGAGUAUUUGGUGUACCUAUUUUCAUUUUUUUAAUUGAACUUAUUAUCAGUUUUCACCUGUACCUGAUUGGUUGAUUCCGUUUAUGUGUUAUGGAAACGUUGUUCUUAUUUGAAACUCA